ACUACACCGUCCAUACGCCCAGAGACAACACCACCACUCGUCUCCACGGUAACCACAGAGAAGACCGUUCACACCUCCCCUAAAGAGCUGAGGACAUCCACAACUCAUGUUCCCGAGCUACCGACUACCACCGCUGUUCCCAUGCUGCUAACGACAACAACAAUAUCAACCGGCCCCACCUCAGAACAGCCGGCAGCAACCAAGAAAACAACGAGAGCACCGGUCUCCACGGCAACAGCGGAACCCUUGGCAACGACCCGUAUAACCAUGACGACGGCUGUAGUCGCACCUGUGAUGGUCACAGACACGGUGACAGCAACAUCUCAACCGAGAACAACAGCUACGGCCUACACUGAAAGGACCUCCUGGUCCGGCGGUGUUCCAACCACAGAGAGAACCACAGAACACACAACCACAACCGCAUACCCAACCAAAGAUGUGGACUGGAGACUGACCACUACAACUACUGCCGGUCCCCCGACCGUACGAACCACAACAACUCAACCCAUCCCACCAGAAAUCUCUGGUACAACCACCAAACCUCCAGAGGCUGUGGUAACGACCACAGAGUCCACCCAGACCACCCUCUCCAUCUCUCCUUCCAUCUCGACCACAGAGUCCACCCAGACCACCCUCUCUAUCUCUCCUUCCAUCUCGACCACAGCAGAGUCCACCCAGACCACCUUCACCUCUCCUUCCGUCUCGACCACAACAGGAGCAGUGGUCCCAACCACAACCUCAACCACAUCACCUGUAUCACCGGUUUCACCAACAGAGACCACCACGACCGUGCCAGGAACACCAGUGGCUGUAGGGACCGGAACGACCCAGCCCCCCACCACACUGAAGACCACGGCGCCUUGGAGGCCCCCCCACAGCGAAACCUCCUCCACCCCUUCCACCCCUAUCUCUAGCACAGAGAGGGUAACCACACCUGAGGUCCCAGUGAAACCUGACGUCAGUACAGAACUAGUGGUCUCUCCACACCAUGUCAUCUCCACUACCACCACUGAUGCACUUCACCCUGUUGCUACAUCUACGGAGCCAGGCAUCACCACAACAACCUCAGUUACCAUGACGACCACUGCCAAAACCACCGCAGCUCCGGCCGAGACUUCAACCUCCGCAGUUUCAACCUCCAGGACGGAGAGACCUCCUGCGACACCCGAACCCCCAACCGUACCUGGUGUACCUGGGGAACCAGCGUUACCUCUCACCACCACGGUCCCCACAACAACUGUCCCACCUUUACCUGGUGUCCAUACGACCAUCGUCACACCUGUGCCUGGUGUCCCAGUGACCACUGCCAUCAGACCGGUGACCAUCCGACCGCUAACAGAGACCACUAGCGUCCCUCCGGAUACAGGAAGGGUGGAGGUAUCCUCUACUACUGCCACAACAACUACACAAGAACCAACUUCUUCCUGGUCUGGUCCAGUGACCACAACCCCCUCCUCCGCCUCCUCCACGUCAGCCCCCAGACCCACUAGCCACCCAGAGAGAGUCACUACCAGAGUUGUUUCUACUUCUAAAGUGGUCUCCACUACCGCAGCCCCCUCAACGACCAAGACCACCCACAGACCAAUGACAACAACACACAGGACAACAACAGGCAGGGUUCCCGUGACGACAUCCAGAACCGCCACAACGGUGAGGUCCACCGCCAGACCGAGCACUGAUAGGGUAACUGUAGACGCAAGGACUCCGGGAGUUCCGGGGGUUCCGACAGCGACGACCACACCCGGUCCUCCUACAGUCGCUACUCCUAGCCUGGGCACAGCUACCGUCUCAGCGGUUGUUCCGACCACGACCGCUCGUACCACGACCAAACCGGUCACCACUGCCAGAACCACAGAAUAUGCAGCAGACGUUAGCAGCGCUGCCGGUCCAACCGGCACUGGCACAACCACAACCGCUUCUGUUCCCGUUCCCAGCAUGACCGCGGUCCCCACAGGACCCACAGGAGUGACCGCAGAACCAUCCACAUCCACCACUACUACACCAGAAGGAAUAGUACCAUCCAGCACCAGAGAGACAGGGGUAACUCCAGCAGCCACUGGGGGCACAACAACAACAACAACAAGGACUCCUUCGCCUGACCUGCUGACCUCUACAGAGGUCGCAGCCACUCCAGGGGUCACACCGAAGGUCACGCCAGAGGUGACAGCAGCUUCCUCAGUCCCCGCCUUGACCCCGACUGCCACCCCGCCCUCCACUACAGAGCCAGAGAGAGUGGACAGCGUAGACACCACUACACCAAAGACUCCAUCGCUAUCACCAGUGUCCCCGUAUACCACAUCAGAGACAACCCCGUCACCAUCGGUAGUGUCCCCAUAUACCACGACAGAGCGUGUCGGACCUACGGCAGAGGUUACUACAUCCAUGGCAGUGUCCUCAACCAGGAUGUGUACUGUGAGUAUACCAAGUCCUCUCUCCGUUCCUCUCUUCUCCUCUGUCCGUCUAGACGAGAGCUCUUCUCUAUGUAGGCUCAUCCUUGUAACUAUCUGAAAAGUCCAGGCCUCUCUGUAGGCUCUGUCGUCUCAGACUACUAGUGGUCCCUCUGUAGCUCAGCUGGUAGAGCACGGCGCUUGUAACGCCAGGGUAGUGGGUUCGAUCCCCGGGACCACCCAUACACAAAAAUGUAUGCACGCACGACUGUAAGUCGCUUUGGAUAAAAGCGUCUGCUAAAUGGCAUAUUAUUAUUAUUAUUAUACUACCCUAGUCGUCUCAGCCUACUACCCUGUUUACUAACUCUCUACAGUCUUCUAACUGCUUGUUCGUACAUGGUUUAACUCUCGUGAACGUCUUGAUCUUUGUUUUCGUUCAGUAAACUGUAUAGCACGUUGUUCAGUCUGUUCCUGUAGUAACUGUUGUUCUUUCCCCUCUCAGCCUCCCUAUUCGGAGAUCGUAGAUGAGUGUACCAAGUACCUCUGUGUGAGCGGCCAGCUGGUCCUAUUCAACAUGUCCCAGAACUGUCUGUAUAACUCCACCCCUCCUAACUGCGGCCUGCUCGGUUUCGCCGUCCUGGUCAACGGGGACAAGUGCUGCCCGCAGUGGGACUGCCCAUGUGAGGACAACUGCUAGCCUGCACACAUUUACAGGAGCAGACACACACACACACGCCCACCAGUGGAGGCUGGUGGGAGGAGCUAUAGGAGGACUCGUUGUAACGGCUGGAAUGGAAUUAAGGGAAGGGAGGCAAAUGUGGUUUCCAUGUGUUUGAUACCGUUCCAUGAAUUCCAUUCCAGCCGCUACAACAAGCCCGUCCUCCUAUAGCUCCUCCCACCAGCCUCCACUGAUGCACACACACGCACACACACACACACACACCCUCCCCGUCAAGCGUUUCUCACUCGUAGUGUCCUGUUUCUCACUGGUGUUGUCCUGUCUCCUCCAGGUCGCUGCUCAGUGUUCCCCGACCUGAACGUGAUCACGUUUGAUGGUAACAGCGUGGCCCUCUACAAGGCCACCGCCUACAUCGUGACCCAGCUGCCCAACGAGACCAUCAGCAUCGUGGUCCAGGAAUGCCCCGCUGACUCAGACACGGUGAGGACCAAGGCUACGUUAGGUAACUGUAAUCCCGGUGCCCCCAAAAUGGCCGCCUCAGAGUAAGUGAGACCAUGAAGCUAUAGACUUUACAGUAGGUAACUGUAACCCCGGUGCCCCCAAAAUGGCCGCCUCAGAGUAAGUGAGGCCAUGAAGCUAUAGACUUUACAGUAGGUGACUGUAACCCCGGUGUCCCCAAAAUGGCCGCCUCAGAGAAAGUGAGGCCAUGAAGCUAUAGACUUUACAGUAGGUAACUGUAAUACCGGUGUCCCCAAAAUGGCCGCCUCAGACACAGUGAGGCCAUAUACUGUAUCUACAGUACCUUUACAGCAAGUAUUUCAGUGGCCAUAAUACAUCAAUAUGGUGGUGAAGGACAUCCUUGUCUUACACCCAUAUAUCAUGUAAUAUUCUCAGGAAAUGAUCAUUAUUCAUUAUUCUUUCACAUGUCGAGUAGUUGUAUAUGACUUUAAUCCAUUUUAUUAGAGAGUCUUAAACUUUGUAAAUCGAAAAACACAAAAAGUAAUAAGAAUGUUUAUUUUUCUGUUUCCAUCCGAAGCUGCUGUGGAAUUUCACCAACCUGUGUCUGGUGGUUUUGAACAUUACCCACAAGUCCAACCACCUGGUCAUCAACAGACUGCAGCGGAGGGUCAGUCUGUUCCUUUAUCUCUUCUUCUUCAUCUCUUCCUGUCUCUCUCAGUCUAAAUAGCCCUUCAUUCACCAAUUUAACUAUGGACAGAAAGACACAUACUAAGUCAAUGUAAACCUGGGGCGGUAGGUAACUUGGCGGUUAAGAGCGUCGUGCCAGUAACCAGAAAGGUCGCUGGUUCUAAUCCCCGAGCCGACUAGGUGAAAAAUCUGUCGACGUGCCCUUGAGCAAGGCACUUAACCCUAAUUGCUCCUGUAAGUCGCUCUAGAUAAGAGCGUCUGCUAAAUGACGUAAAGAGUUCACCAAAGACCUAACAAGGGAUGAGAUGUUAAUUAACUUGCCAUACACACAGUAGCAUUUCUAGGCCUAUCUAUUUUAGGAAAUGUAUUUAGAACUACAGUACCCCUCAACAUAUAGAAUUUUGACAUUUAUUUUCUCUCUCUCUCAGCUGUAUGUGAACUCGAGGUACGCCAAGCCGAGGUUCAAGAAGUUUGGCUUUGAGAUCCUGGACACGGGCAACAUGUAUCUGAUCCGUACGCCAGCGGGCCUGAAACUGCAGUGGUUCCACAGCACGGGCAUGAUGGUCAUCGAGACGGAGAGCUACAGCAAUAAACUGCCCACCAUGGGCCUCUGUGGUAUGUGGUGUAGUUAGACCUUACCAGGACACUGGCAUGUGGCUUACCAGGACACUGGCAUGUGGCUUACCAGGACACUGGCAUGUGGCUUACCAGGACACUGGCAUGUGGCUUACCAGGACACUGGUAUGUGGCUUACCAGGACACUGGCAUGUGGCUUACCAGGACACUGGCAUGUGGCUUACCAGGACACUGGCAUGUGGCUUACCAGGACACUGGCAUGUGGCUUACCAGGAUACUGGCAUGUGGCUUACCAGGACACUGGCAUGUGGCUUACCAGGACACUGGCAUGUGGCUUACCAGGACACUGGCAUGUGGCUUACCAGGACACUGGCAUGUGGCUUACCAGGACACUGGCAUGUGGCUUACCAGGACACUGGCAUGUGGCUUACCAGGACACUGGUAUGUGGCUUACCAGGACACUGGUAUAUGGCUUACCAGGACACUGGCAUCCAUUUGAAGUGGAGUGUGAUAUGGAGGCUGGUUAUAGGCUGCUUCCCAAAUGGUACCCUAUUCCAUAUUUAUACCACUCAUUUUGCCCGGGCCUUGGUCAAAGGUAGUGCACUAGGGACAGGGAGCCAUUUGGGAUGAAACAUAAGACCUCACCUGCUAUAACCAUUCAGGAAGGUUGAGUAGGGGCCUUAGAUUGAGAAGGGGCCAUAGAUAAAGUAGGGGCCAUGGAUUGAUUAGGGUCACUGAGAUGUUGUGCGUGUUUCAGAGGUGAACGUGCCAUUCCUGAAAUAAUAACGCUGUUUCAUCUUCUGCCCCCCCCCCCACCAGGCCGCUGUGAUGGUAACCCAGCCAAUGACCUGAUGCUGUCCAAUGGGACGACAGUCGGGGAGAGCGAGGACCCAGCGGUGUUCAUCGACAGCUGGCAGGUCCCCAACACCACUAGUUACAUCAGCCACAGCCGGCGCAGAGAAGUCAACUGUUCCACCAGCGACUGUUCCCAGUGCAUGGCCAUGCUCCGAAACACCUCCUUCAGCCCCUGCCAUGCUUUUGUAGGUUCACUGCCUCUCUCUCCCUCAUCGUACAGUACCCCCCCCCCCCCCCACCCCAAUACAGUACUGUAGAUGUUUAAACAUGGAACAAGAUGAUUGAAAACGUUAUGUUGUGUUUCUUAUAAUGUACUGCAGGUUCUACCCAGUACGUUCUGUGAGGUGUGGGUCCGUGAUGUGGAGUACGUGAACAACCCGUGUGUAGCGCUGGCUGCCUACGUGGCAUCUUGUCACAAGUUCAAUGUCUGCAUCGAGUGGAGGAGCCCAGACUACUGCCGUAAGGACUGGGUUUAUUGUACUGCACUAACUGCCAGCAUGGCUUACAAGCACAGUCAGACACAUAAAGGCACUUACACUUACAGUAUCAUGUUUUAAUGUCAGUCAAUACACUUACAGUAUCAUGUUUUAAUGUCAGUCAAUACACUUACAGUACCAUGUUUUAAUGUCAGUCAAUACACUUACAGUAUCAUGUUUUAAUGUCAGUCAAUACACUUACAGUACCAUGUUUUAAUGUCAGUCAAUACACUUACAGUAUCAUGUUUUAAUGUCAGUCAAUAUACUUACAGUAUAAUGUUUUAAUGUCAGUCAAUACACUUACAGUAUCAUGUUUUAAUGUCAGUCAAUACACUUACAGUAUAAUGUUUUAAUGUCAGUCAAUACACUUACAGUAUCAUGUUUUAAUGUCAGUCAAUAUACUUACAGUAUCAUGUUUUAAUGUCAGUCAAUACACUUACAGUAUAAUGUUUUAAUGUCAGUCAAUACACUUACAGUAUCAUGUUUUAAUGUCAGUCAAUAUACUUACAGUAUCAUGUUUUAAUGUCAGUCAAUACACUUACAGUAUCAUGUUUUAAUGUCAGUCAAUAUACUUUCAGUAUCAUGUUUUAAUGCCAGUCAAUACACUUACAGUAUAAUGUUUUAAUGACAGUCAAUACACUUACAGUAUAAUGUUUUAAUGUCAGUCAAUACACUUACAGUAUCAUGUUUUAAUGUCAGUCAAUAUACUUACAGUAUCAUGUUUUAAUGUCAGUCAAUACACUUAGAGUAUAAUGUUUUAAUGACAGUCAAUACACUUACAGUACCAUGUUUUAAUGUCAGUCAAUACACUUACAGUAUCAUGUUUUAAUGUCAGUCAAUAUACUUACAGUAUCAUGUUUUAAUGUCAGUCAAUACACUUACAGUAUCAUGUUUUAAUGUCAGUCAAUACACUUACAGUAUAAUGUUUUAAUGUCAGUCAAUACACUUACAGUAUAACGUUUUAAUGUCAGUCAAUACACUUACAGUAUCAUGUUUUAAUGUCAGUCAAUACACUUACAGUAUAAUGUUUUAAUGUCAGUCAAUACACUUACAGUAUAAUGUUUUAAUGUCAGUCAAUACACUUACAGUAUCAUGUUUUAAUGUCAGUCAAUAUACUUACAGUAUCAUGUUUUAAUGUCAGUCAAUACACUUAGAGUAUAAUGUUUUAAUGACAGUCAAUACACUUACAGUACCAUGUUUUAAUGUCAGUCAAUACACUUACAGUAUCAUGUUUUAAUGUCAGUCAAUAUACUUACAGUAUAACGUUUUAAUGUCAGUCAAUACACUUACAGUAUCAUGUUUUAAUGUCAGUCAAUACACUUACAGUAUAAUGUUUUAAUGUCAGUCAAUACACUUACAGUAUAACGUUUUAAUGUCAGUCAAUACACUUACAGUAUCAUGUUUUAAUGUCAGUCAAUACACUUACAGUAUAAUGUUUUAAUGUCAGUCAAUACACUUACAGUAUAAUGUUUUAAUGUCAGUCAAUACACUUACAGUAUGAUGUUUUAAUGUCAGUCAAUGUUAUUGUGUAAAGCAAAAGGCAAAGUUCUGAAUUAUGGACAAUUAAGUUCUUUGCAUCACAUACAAAUAAUACUGAAUCAAGCUCUGCCGCCUGUCGUGGUUAUGAUAAUGUUUAUGACCAGUUUAAAGCAGUGUUGUCUCUCCUCUCCUGUCCCAGCCUUCAUAUGUCCAGACCAGCUGCGUUACCAGGCCUGUCUGCCUGCUUGUACAGCCCAGUCCUGCUCCAACCAUGACUUUGACUACGACCCUGAGCAGUGUUCAGGCCUGACGGAGGGAUGUGUCUGUCCUGAGGGCACUCUGCUCCAUCGACCCUACUCUGCCCUCUGCAUCCCCCCUGAGAAGUGUGGUAAGCCUUCACUGAUCAACCUCCGCAUCGCACAGACAAUCAAACCAACACUGGUCAAAAUUCAUAUGAUACAAAGCACCCGGUUCGGUCUGGUCUGGUCUGGUCUGGUCUGGUCUUUAGUGGAAUGCACUUAUUGUAAAUCACGCUGAAUAAGAGCAUCUGAUUAAUGACUGUUGUGGAUGAAAGUGAAAAUACAUCUUCCACUUCAAUACAUUGUUAUCUGUGUGUGUCUCCCCCAGCCUGUACGGACAGUUGGGGUGCACCCCGUGCUCCUGGUGAGGUGUGGAAAGCGUCUAAAGAUGGCUGCUGUAUGUACCGCUGUGACAACGACAGUAUCGUGCCCGUGGAGUAUAACUGUUCUGCCGUGCCUCAGCCGCUCUGCCGCAGGGCCGGGGAAGUGGUACUCAGUCUGGCAGACGACACUUCCUGCUGCCCACAGAAAGCCUGCAGUAAGAAACUGCCACAUUGUACAGUACACUGUCAAAUUCAAGUUAGGUUAACCUAAAACAUAGUUGGUUCAACCAGGUAACGUGAAGCAACUUAGCAAACGUCGGCUGCUGUCCUAUGAAAGCCUGCAGUAAGACUGUCACACGUUGACUCUACUCAAAAAUAAUUAAACUGAUGGCCUUGAAAACAACUGUGAAGGAACUUGAAGAGUUGAGAGCUCAACUCAAUGUCAACAGGAACUUGAGUUCCACUUUCACAAUUUAGGAAGGGUGAUUAGAUGGCCGUGAUGUAUUGUGAUUGGUUUGUAUUGAUCUGAUGGUGUUCCUCUGUCUGUCUGUCUGUCUGUCUGUCUGUCUGUCUGUCUGUCUGUCUGUCUGUCAUCCAGUUUGUAACCAUACCCUGUGUGACAUCAUCCCCCCGGAGUGUCAAUAUGGAGAGAAGCUGGUGUCUUACUUCAGAGAGGACUCCUGCUGUCCAGACUACGUCUGUGGUGAGUGGACCUUUCUUCUGUAUAAUCACCACCACUAGGCUAUCUGAUGAUACCAGGCUAUAUGAUGAUACUAGGCUAUCUGAUGAUACCAGGCUAUAUGAUGAUACUAGACUAUAUGAUGAUACCAGGCUAUAUGAUGAUACCAGACUAUAUGAUGAUACUAGGCUAUAUGAUGAUACUAGGCUAUAUGAUGAUACUAGACUAUAUGAUGAUACUAGACUAUAUGAUGAUACUAGGCUAUAUGAUGAUACUAGACUAUAUGAUGAUACUAGGCUAUAUGAUGAUACUAGACUAUAUGAUGAUACUAGGCUAUAUGAUGAUACUAGACUAUAUGAUGAUACUAGACUAUAUGAUGAUACUAGACUAUAUGAUGAUACUAGACUAUAUGAUGAUACUAGACUAUAUGAUGAUACUAGGCUAUAUGAUGAUACUAGGCUAUAUGAUGAUACCAGGCUAUAUGAUGAUACCAGGCAAUAUGAUGAUACCAGGCUAUAUGAUGAUACUAGACUAUAUGAUGAUACUAGGCUAUAUGAUGAUACUAGGCUAUAUGAUGAUACCAGGCUAUAUGAUGAUACUAGACUAUAUGAUGAUACCAGGCUAUAUGAUGAUACUAGGCUAUAUGAUGAUACUAGACUAUAUGAUGAUACUAGACUAUAUGAUGAUACCAGGCUAUAUGAUGAUACCAGGCUAUAUGAUGAUACCAGGCUAUAUGAUGAUACUAGACUAUAUGAUGAUACCAGGCUAUAUGAUGAUACUAGACUAUAUGAUGAUACUAGGCUAUAUGAUGAUACUAGGCUAUAUGAUGAUACUAGACUAUAUGAUGAUACCAGGCUAUAUGAUGAUACUAGACUAUAUGAUGAUACUAGACUAUAUGAUGAUACUAGGCUAUAUGAUGAUACCAGGCUAUAUGAUGAUACUAGACUAUAUGAUGAUACUAGACUAUAUGAUGAUACUAGACUAUAUGAUGAUACUAGGCUAUAUGAUGAUACCAGGCUAUAUGAUGAUACCAGGCUAUAUGAUGAUACUAGACUAUAUGAUGAUACUAGACUAUAUGAUGAUACUAGGCUAUAUGAUGAUACUAGACUAUAUGAUGAUACUAGGCUAUAUGAUGAUACUAGACUAUAUGAUGAUACUAGACUAUAUGAUGAUACUAGACUAUAUGAUGAUACCAGGCUAUAUGAUGAUACUAGGCUAUAUGAUGAUACUAGACUAUAUGAUGAUACUAGACUAUAUGAUGAUACCAGGCUAUAUGAUGAUACUAGACUAUAUGAUGAUACUAGACUAUAUGAUGAUACUAGGCUAUAUGAUGAUACCAGGCUAUAUGAUGAUACUAGGCUAUAUGAUGAUACUAGGCUAUAUGAUGAUACUAGACUAUAUGAUGAUACCAGGCUAUAUGAUGAUACUAGACUAUAUGAUGAUACUAGACUAUAUGAUGAUACUAGACUAUAUGAUGAUACUAGACUAUAUGAUGAUACUAGACUAUAUGAUGAUACUAGGCUAUAUGAUGAUACCAGGCUAUAUGAUGAUACUAGACUAUAUGAUGAUACUAGACUAUAUGAUGAUACUAGACUAUAUGAUGAUACCAGGCUAUAUGAUGAUACUAGACUAUAUGAUGAUACCAGGCUAUAUGAUGAUACUAGACUAUAUGAUGAUACUAGACUAUAUGAUGAUACCAGGCUAUAUGAUGAUACCAGGCUAUAUGAUGAUACUAGACUAUGAUGAUACCAGGCUAUAUGAUGAUACUAGGCUAUAUGAUGAUACCAGGCUAUAUGAUGAUACUAGACUAUAUGAUGAUACUAGACUAUAUGAUGAUACCAGGCUAUAUGAUGAUACUAGACUAUAUGAUGAUACUAGACUAUAUGAUGAUACUAGACUAUAUGAUGAUACUAGGCUAUAUGAUGAUACCAGGCUAUAUGAUGAUACUAGACUAUGAUGAUACCAGGCUAUAUGAUGAUACUAGACUAUGAUGAUACCAGGCUAUAUGAUGAUACUAGACUAUAUGAUGAUACUAGACUAUAUGAUGAUACCAGGCUAUAUGAUGAUACUAGACUAUAUGAUGAUACCAGGCUAUAUGAUGAUACUAGACUAUAUGAUGAUACCAGGCUAUAUGAUGAUACCAGGCUAUAUGAUGAUACUAGACUAUAUGAUGAUACCAGGCUAUAUGAUGAUACUAGACUAUAUGAUGAUACCAGGCUAUAUGAUGAUACUAGGCUAUAUGAUGAUACUAGACUAUAUGAUGAUACCAGGCUAUAUGAUGAUACCAGGCUAUAUGAUGAUACUAGACUAUAUGAUGAUACUAGACUAUAUGAUGAUACCAGGCUAUAUGAUGAUACCAGGCUAUAUGAUGAUACCAGGCUAUAUGAUGAUACUAGACUAUAUGAUGAUACUAGACUAUAUGAUGAUACUAGGCUAUAUGAUGAUACUAGACUAUAUGAUGAUACCAGGCUAUAUGAUGAUACUAGACUAUAUGAUGAUACUAGAAUAUAUGAUGAUACCAGGCUAUAUGAUGAUACCAGGCUAUAUGAUGAUACCAGGCUAUAUGAUGAUACUAGGCUAUAUGAUGAUACUAGACUAUAUGAUGAUACUAGACUAUAUGAUGAUACUAGGCUAUAUGAUGAUACUAGACUAUAUGAUGAUACCAGGCUAUAUGAUGAUACUAGACUAUAUGAUGAUACCAGGCUAUAUGAUGAUACUAGACUAUAUGAUGAUACUAGACUAUAUGAUGAUACCAGGCUAUAUGAUGAUACUAGACUAUAUGAUGAUACCAGGCUAUAUGAUGAUACUAGGCUAUAUGAUGAUACUAGACUAUAUGAUGAUACUAGACUAUAUGAUGAUACUAGACUAUAUGAUGAUACUAGGCUAUAUGAUGAUACUAGACUAUAUGAUGAUACUAGACUAUAUGAUGAUACUAGACUAUAUGAUGAUACUAGGCUAUAUGAUGAUACUAGACUAUAUGAUGAUACUAGACUAUAUGAUGAUACUAGACUAUAUGAUGAUACUAGGCUAUAUGAUGAUACUAGACUAUAUGAUGAUACUAGACUAUAUGAUGAUACUAGACUAUAUGAUGAUACCAGGCUAUAUGAUGAUACCAGGCUAUAUGAUGAUACUAGACUAUAUGAUGAUACCAGGCUAUAUGAUGAUACUAGACUAUAUGAUGAUACCAGGCUAUAUGAUGAUACCAGGCUAUAUGAUGAUACCAGGCUAUAUGAUGAUACUAGACUAUAUGAUGAUACCAGGCUAUAUGAUGAUACUAGACUAUAUGAUGAUACUAGGCUAUAUGAUGAUACUAGACUAUAUGAUGAUACUAGACUAUAUGAUGAUACCAGGCUAUAUGAUGAUACUAGACUAUAUGAUGAUACUAGGCUAUCUGAUGAUACCAGGCUAUAUGAUGAUACUAGACUAUCUGAUGAUACCAGGCUAUAUGAUGAUACUAGACUAUAUGAUGAUACCAGGCUAUAUGAUGAUACCAGGCUAUAUGAUGAUACUAGGCUAUAUGAAGAUACUAGGUCAUGGAGAUACAUUUUUUUACAUUUUACAUUUUAGUCAUUUAGCAGACGCUCUUAUCCAUAGUGACUUACAUGAUAAUUAGAUGUUUAAUUAAUUAUGUUUAUUGUGCAUUGUCCCUGUAAAGUAAAUUCCACUAAUAUACUGUAUAGACGAAGUGCAUUGAAUAUAUUGGAAAUAUGGAUUGAAUAUGUUUAAAAUAUGUGGUGUGUGUGUUGUGUACAGAGUGUGACCCAGAGCGCUGUGAGUCAGAUAUCCCUGCCUGCAGAGAGGACCAGACCCUCAUCGCAACCAGGGCUGAUGGCAGCUGCUGCCUGGCACACAUCUGUAGUGAGUUAACCACGACCACAACAUAACCACAACACAACCACAACACAACCACGACCACAACAUAACCACAACACAACAUAACCACAACACAACCACAACACAACCACAACAUAACCACAACACAACAACAUAACCACAACACAACAUAACCACAACAACACAACACAACCACAACACAACCACGACCACAACAUAACCACAACACAACCACGACACAACCACGACACAACAUAACCACAACACAACCACAACAUAACCACAACACAACCACAACACAACCACAACAUAACCACAACACAACCACAACACAACCACGACCACAACAUGACCACAACACAACCACAACACAACCACGACCAUGACCACAACAUAACCACAACACAACCACAACAUAACUACAACACAACCACAACACAACCACAACAUAACCACAACACAACCACAACACAACCACAACAUAACCACAACACAAUCAUGACCACAACAUAACCACAACCAUAACCACAACACAACCAUGACAGACCUGCACCAUCCCACACAUAACCACAAUACAAUUAUUUGUCAUGCCAUCACACACAUUGUUAACGUUACGUGUUUUUCUGUCAAACUGUGGUGUGUGUUCUUUCUCCAGUGUGUUGAUGUGUUCUUUCUCCAGUGUGUUAAUGUGUGUUCUUUCUCCAGUGUGUUGAUGUGUUCUUUCUCCAGUGUGUUGAUGUGUUCUUUCUCCAGUGUGUUAAUGUGUUCUUUCUCCAGUGUGUUAAUGUGUUCUUUCUCCAGUGUGUUAAUGUGUUCUUUCUCCAGUGUGUUAAUGUGUUCUUUCUCCAGUGUGUUGAUGUGUUCUUUCUCCAGUGUGUUGAUGUGUUCUUUCUCCAGUGUGUUAAUGUGUUCUUUCUCCAGUGUGUUAAUGUGUUCUUUCUCCAGUGUGUUGAUGUGUGUUCUUUCUCCAGUGUGUUAAUGUGUUCUUUCUCUAGUGUGUUGAUGUGUUCUUUCUCCAGUGUGUUAAUGUGUUCUUUCUCCAGUGUGUUAAUGUGUGUUCUUUCUCCAGUGUGUUAAUGUGUUCUUUCUCCAGUGUGUUGAUGUGUUCUUUCUCCAGUGUGUUAAUGUGUUCUUUCUCCAGUGUGUUAAUGUGUGUUCUUUCUCCAGUGUGUUAAUGUGUUCUUUCUCCAGUGUGUUGAUGUGUUCUUUCUCCAGUGUGUUAAUGUGUGUUCUUUCUCCAGUGUGUUGAUGUGUUCUUUCUCCAGUGUGUUGAUGUGUGUUCUUUCUCCAGUGUGUUAAUGUGUUCUUUCUCUAGUGUGUUGAUGUGUUCUUUCUCCAGUGUGUUAAUGUGUUCUUUCUCCAGUGUGUUAAUGUGUUCUUUCUCCAGUGUGUUAAUGUGUUCUUUCUCCAGUGUGUUAAUGUGUUCUUUCUCCAGUGUGUUGAUGUGUUCUUUCUCCAGUGUGUUGAUGUGUUCUUUCUCCAGUGUGUUGAUGUGUUCUUUCUCCAGUGUGUUGAUGUGUGUUCUUUCUCCAGUGUGUUGAUGUGUGUUCUUUCUCCAGUGUGUUGAUGUGUUCUUUCUCCAGUGUGUUGAUGUGUUCUUUCUCCAGUGUGUUAAUGUGUUCUUUCUCCAGUGUGUUGAUGUGUUCUUUCUCCAGUGUGUUGAUGUGUGUUCUUUCUCCAGUGUGUUGAUGUGUUCUUUCUCCAGUGUGUUGAUGUGUUCUUUCUCCAGUGUGUUAAUGUGUGUUCUUUCUCCAGUGUGUUGAUGUGUGUUCUUUCUCCAGUGUGUUGAUGUGUGUUCUUUCUCCAGUGUGUUGAUGUGUUCUUUCUCCAGUGUGUUAAUGUGUUCUUUCUCCAGUGUGUUGAUGUGUGUUCUUUCUCCAGUGUGUUAAUGUGUUCUUUCUCCAGUGUGUUGAUGUGUGUUCUUUCUCCAGUGUGUUAAUGUGUUCUUUCUCCAGUGUGUUAAUGUGUUCUUUCUCCAGUGUGUUGAUGUGUUCUUUCUCCAGUGUGUUGAUGUGUGUUCUUUCUCCAGUGUGUUGAUGUGUUCUUUCUCCAGUGUGUUGAUGUGUUCUUUCUCCAGUGUGUUGAUGUGUGUUCUUUCUCCAGUGUGUUGAUGUGUUCUUUCUCCAGUGUGUUGAUGUGUUCUUUCUCCAGUGUGUUAAUGUGUUCUUUCUCCAGUGUGUUAAUGUGUUCUUUCUCCAGUGUGUUGAUGUGUGUUCUUUCUCCAGUGUGUUGAUGUGUUCUUUCUCCAGUGUGUUAAUGUGUUCUUUCUCCAGUGUGUUAAUGUGUGUUCUUUCUCCAGUGUGUUAAUGUGUUCUUUCUCCAGUGUGUUAAUGUGUUCUUUCUCCAGUGUGUUGAUGUGUGUUCUUUCUCCAGUGUGUUGAUGUGUGUUCUUUCUCCAGUGUGUUGAUGUGUUCUUUCUCCAGUGUGUUAAUGUGUUCUUUCUCCAGUGUGUUAAUGUGUGUUCUUUCUCCAGUGUGUUAAUGUGUUCUUUCUCCAGUGUGUUAAUGUGUGUUCUUUCUCCAGUGUGUUGAUGUGUUCUUUCUCCAGUGUGUUAAUGUGUGUUCUUUCUCCAGUGUGUUGAUGUGUUCUUUCUCCAGUGUGUUAAUGUGUGUUCUUUCUCCAGUGUGUUGAUGUGUUCUUUCUCCAGUGUGUUGAUGUGUUCUUUCUCCAGUGUGUUGAUGUGUUCUUUCUCCAGUGUGUUGAUAUGUUCUUUCUCCAGUGUGUUGAUGUGUUCUUUCUCCAGUGUGUUGAUGUGUUCUUUCUCCAGUGUGUUGAUGUGUUCUUUCUCCAGUGUGUUAAUGUGUUCUUUCUCCAGUGUGUUAAUGUGUUCUUUCUCCAGUGUGUUGAUGUGUUCUUUCUCCAGUGUGUUGAUGUGUUCUUUCUCCAGUGUGUUAAUGUGUUCCUUUCUCCAGUGUGUUGAUGUGUUCUUUCUCCAGUGUGUUAAUGUGUUCUUUCUCCAGUGUGUUAAUGUGUUCUUUCUCCAGUGUGUUAAUGUGUUCUUUCUCCAGUGUGUUGAUGUGUGUUCUUUCUCCAGUGUGUUGAUGUGUUCUUUCUCCAGUGUGUUAAUGUGUUCUUUCUCCAGUGUGUUAAUGUGUUCUUUCUCCAGUGUGUUGAUGUGUUCUUUCUCCAGUGUGUUGAUGUGUUCUUUCUCCAGUGUGUUAAUGUGUUCUUUCUCCAGUGUGUUAAUGUGUUCUUUCUCCAGUGUGUUAAUGUGUUCUUUCUCCAGUGUGUUAAUGUGUUCUUUCUCCAGUGUGUUGAUGUGUGUUCUUUCUCCAGUGUGUUAAUGUGUUCUUUCUCCAGUGUGUUAAUGUGUGUUCUUUCUCCAGUGUGUUGAUGUGUUCUUUCUCCAGUGUGUUAAUGUGUGUUCUUUCUCCAGUGUGUUAAUGUGUUCUUUCUCCAGUGUGUUGAUGUGUUCUUUCUCCAGUGUGUUAAUGUGUGUUCUUUCUCCAGUGUGUUAAUGUGUUCUUUCUCCAGUGUGUUAAUGUGUGUUCUUUCUCCAGUGUGUUGAUGUGUUCUUUCUCCAGUGUGUUAAUGUGUUCUUUCUCCAGUGUGUUGAUGUGUUCUUUCUCCAGUGUGUUAAUGUGUUCUUUCUCCAGUGUGUUAAUGUGUGUUCUUUCUCCAGUGUGUGGUGCCUGUUGGGAGGUGGUUCCAAAUUGCCAGGAUGGAGAGGUGUUGACGGUGGACGCCAACAGUACAGACCGCUGCUGUCCUGUCUACCACUGUGGUGAGUUCAACACACACACACACACACACACACGCAUACAUACACACACACACACACACACACACAUACACGCAUACAUACACACACACACACACACACACACAUACACACACACACACACACUCACAUUCACUUAUUGUGUCUCUGAUUCCUCUGUGUGUGUGCAGUGUGUGAGCCGUACCGGUGUGCUGAGUUCUCAUGUCCCUUGGGGAUGUCCACUGUCACAGUGUCCACUCCAGACCGCUGCUGUCCCCUACAGACCUGCGGUAAAGUAGCACGACUUUCUGUUUCUUACCACCAUCACAUGACAGGAAAUGUGUGUCCUGCUCCACCACGCGACAGCCUGUUUGCCCUCUAGGUUGAAUCGCUGUAACUCUCAUGUAGUUUUAUUCAUUUAUUCCCCCCCAAAAAAAAGCACACAUUUAAAAUGGUUUCUGUUUCCCUGUUUUUUUUCAGAGUGUGCGUGUGAGAAACUGUCACGGCCGAAAUGUGCUCUGGUAGGUUUCUAAGAUGAUUCCACAUGAUGGAAUGGGAUGUGUUGACGUUAUCGCUGUGUUUGUUUCUCCUUGUAUACUGGCUGACAUGUUGUCUUACUAGGGAGAGGCCAUGCAGGUGGACAAGGCCUUCCUAUCAGAUCCAACUAACCAGUGUUCCUGUAAGAGAUUUAACUGUGGUAAGUGCUCGGCUAUCCUUAGACAGUAACCCACCUUUUCCCAUUCUACAAUAAUGUCAUAUAUUUCCAAUAAGUGUGUUCACCUACAGUACAUUUUUCAAUGAAUGUGUGUUCAUUCAUGCAUCUAUGUGUCUGUGUCAUGUCGCACACCUCUUACAGUGCGUGAGGCGGUGUGUGUGUACGGCGAGCGGGGUGUUAUGCGUCCGGGACAGACCCUCGUGGAUCACAGUGAGGAGGGGUGUGUCUCACCACCCAGUGUACCCACAGCCUGGAUCCCACCUCAGGCUUCCAUCACCUCCGCGCCACCACCACCAACUGCUCUGCUCAGUGUCAGCCGGUUAGUCAGUUAGCAGCAGGAUACGACUGCUAGGAUCUGAUACCUCAACUGCUAGAAAUGCUACUACUGCUGUCCCAAUUCUUUACUACUAACCUACUGCUAGUAUUCUAAUACAGGUACUAUAACUAUUACUACAGUAUAUCUGAAUAUAUAUAUAAUACAGGUACUAUAACUAUUACUACAGUAUAUCUGAUUAUAUAUAUAAUACAGGUACUAUAACUAUUACUACAGUAUAUCUGAAUAUAUAUAUAAUACAGGUACUAUAACUAUUACUACAGUAUAUCUGAAUAUAUAUCAUAAUAAAGGUACUAUAACUAUUACGACAGUAUAUCUGAAUAUAUAUAUAAUACAGGUACUAUAACUAUUACUACAGUAUAUCUGAAUAUAUAUAUAAUACAGGUACUAUAACUAUUACUACAGUAUACGAAUAUAUAUCAUAUAAGGUACUAUAACUAUUAUACAGUAUAUCUGAAUAUUAUAUACAUGGUUACUUAUAACAUUACUCAGUAAUAUCAUGACAUACUUCCUAACAAUCACUAACAGUUACCUAUAACAUUAUAUUGAAUAUAUAUUAAUACAGGUACCUAACUAUUACCAUUUACAAAAUUUAAUAUUAAUAAUGGUACUAUAAUUUUCAUAAGUCUGAUAUAUAUUACGUAGUGUCAUCUUUACCUUAACAUUCAGGCGUAGUACAGGGGUGUAUCUGAAAAUCCCUCUUCACAAUGAAUGGAUGAUCUACACACCAGUACAGCAGCUUAUACCUCAUGGUUUCACCUCGGCACCUCAGUUAAUCUUUAGCUCAUGUACCUUGAUUAGACCAGGUACCUUCUAAUCAUCCCUAACCCUGAAAGCAGUACUCGUCUAAUUCAGUCUGUAACCCUCUAUAUUCACAUGUACUAGUUACUAAUCACACAGUAACCUCAUAUUAGAUCCAGGUACCUCACAGUUACAUAAUCAAUAUGUAUACACACCUCUGGAUAUACCAGGUAACCUCAGGUUAUCUAAUCAUCCUGGUACAACCCUCUGAUAGACCAGAUACCUCAGGUUAUCUAAUCAGUACUGUAAACCCUCUGGAUAGACCAGAUACCUCAGGUAUCUAAUCAUCCGGUAAACCUCUGAUAGACCAGUACCUCAGGUUAUCUAAUCGUCCUGGUAAACCCUCUGGAUAACCAGGUACCCUCAGGUUAUCAUCAGUCCUCCACAACCCUCUGGAUAGACCAGGUACCCUCAGUUAUCUAAUCAGUCCUGGUAAACCCUUGGAUAGACCAGGUACCCUCAGGUUUCUAAUCAGUCCUGGUACAACCCUCUGGAUAGACCAGGUACCCUCAGGUUAUCUAAUCAGUCCUGGUACAACCCUCUGGAUAGACCAGGUACCCUCAGGUUAUCUAAUCAGUCCUGGUACAACCCUCUGGAUAGACCAGGUACCCUCAGGUUAUCUAAUCAGUCCUGGUACAACCCUCUGGAUAGACCAGGUACCCUCAGGUUAUCUAAUCAGUCCCAGUAAACCCUCUGGAUAGACCAGGUAACCUCAGGUUAUCUAAUCAGUCCCUGUAAACCCUCUGGAUAGACCAGGUAACCUCAGGUUAUCUAAUCAGUCCCGGUACAACCCUCUGGAUAGACCAGGUAACCUCAGGUUAUCUAAUCAGUCCUGGUACAACCCUCUGGAUAGACCAGGUACCCUCAGGUUAUCUAAUCAGUAGUGUAUAAAGUAGUGUAAUAUUGGAUUGAUCUGGGUGAUUGUAUUGAUGUUUCAGCCUGGGAAGUCGUGGGUGUCAGACUGUAUGAAGUAUGACUGUACCGAGACACUGUCAGGCCCCACCCUGGUGUCCUACUCCUUCAGCUGCCCACCCUUCAACCAGACAGAGUGUAUGAAGGUAUGGUUAACACACACACACACACACACACACACACACACACACACACACACACACACACACACACACACACACACCCACACACCACACACCAACACACACACACACACACACACACACCACACACAGACAGACAGACAGACAACACACACACACACAGACAGACACAGACACACACAUGCAUACACACACAUAUACACAUGUUGUGUAACACUACUACCUCUCUAUGAUGUUAUUUUAGUUGACCUUUAACCCCUGAGAUGUGAAUGUUGUCUCUACCCUAGAUUGGUGGGACCAUUAUAAGUUACAUGGAUGGAUGCUGCAAGACAUGUGAGUAAAGACAAAGACAACCUGUCCAUCUAUAGUUUCUAGGUAGCUUCCUGUAUGCCCAUGUUUAGUCUCUUCCUGUAUGCCCAUGUUUAGUCUCUUCCUGUAUGCCCAUGUUUAGUCUCUUCCUUUGAUACCCAGGUUUGUCUCUUCCUGUAUGUCCAUGUUUAGUCUCUUCCUGUAUGUCCAUGUUUAGUCUCUUCCUGUAUGUCCAUGUUUAGUCUCUUCCUGUAUGUCCAUGUUUAGUCUCUUCCUGUAUGUCCAUGUUGUCACACCUGUUCUCUGUAUUCUCUUUCUUACCUGUUCUGUUCCUGUUUCCAGUUUGUUCCUUCCUGUAUUCAGUUAAACCAUCUUCCUUUGUUCCCGUUAUGCUUGUAUUAUUUUUUCUCUCCUGAGAUACCAUGUUUUUCUUACUUGCUUAUCAUGUUUGUCUCCUCUAUUCCAUUUUUAAAGUCAUCCUAUGUACAUUUAUUCUUUUCCUGAAUCCAUUACACUUCAUGUAUAAUCCUUAUUAGAUCCUCCUGUACCAUUUUCAAGCCAUCUGGUAUGUCCAGUAGUCUCUCCAUGUAUGUACAUUGUUACCAUCCUGUAUGUACCAUUUCAGUCAAUCCCAUGCCUUCCCUUCCAAUGUCAUUUUAAUCUCUACAGUUUUAGUCUCUCUGAAAAGCCAAUGUAAGUGUUACUGUAUCCUGUUUUGGUUUCCAGUGCAAUGUUUACCUCAUGUCAACCAGCUCUAUCCCUCUUAUUAUCCCGUUAGUCCCAUGCCCAUGAUUAGUCUCUCACCACCUGUUUCUACUGAAGUUCAUCUUUGUUACCUGUUUGUCUGUUAACAUGUGUUUCCCAGUACAUGUUUGCCCUUCAGUUUAUGACCUUAAACACCACUUAAAUCAGACAUUUUUUCACUCCGCUUAUGCUUAAAAUAUAUAUAUAUAUUUCUUCAUUUGCGGAAAAUACCUACUGUUUUUCUACAGCAAUAUGAUGUUGUCGCUCCUACUAUGUCUCCCCCAAAGUGUCUAUUAAAAGUAAUAGAAACAGUUUAUAUGCUUUUCAGUGAAAAUAACCAACAUACACUUUACAUGCAAAACAAUCUAAUCUGACACCCAUGCUACCAUUACUGCCAAAGGCCACACUUGGCAUAUUCAGAGGGAUUCAACAUCCAUACAGAAAUUGGUUCACACACCAAUGACAAAUGUAAACCAACAAUUCAACAACCCCCCCCCCCCACAAGUAUUGUAAAUAGAAAUGCUACUACAGUAUUUACGGUAACUUCAUUGAAAAAGCAUAUAUAACUAAAUGGAUAAGAGUUGGGUUACUUUUCUUCGUGUUUGUGUUAGUCUGCAAGCUGACCAUCAUGUACCAAUCCCACCAGGUACCGGAUAUUCCCUCUUCCCUUUCCCCGUUAGUCCCCUGACUCCUACAGUUAACACAAACUGUGAACGAGGUACCGAUCUCUAUGAGACAAACAAGGCUUGCCAGCGCCAUUGUUGAUAUCCAACAAUGUACUCCCUUUUUUUUUUUUUUUACAGAAACAAUUACAGUACAGGACAAGCCAAAAAACGGACUCUUAA